AUGUAUCGGCAGGUGGAUGCGUUUGGCAACGUGUCGCUUUCGGCUGCCGACCUUCCGGUCGGAGGAACCUUCAGAGUUUGUUACUGCGCAGACUUCGAAUCUUGUGACUCCCUUGGCGACUUCGCUGCAGAUGCUGGGCUGCUUACGGUGCAUGGCCCGACCGGUGCACAGGACUCCACUUGUCGAGCUGGGCUUGCCUGUUCUGUGCCCAGUGCCGGCUUCACGGCAGAGGGUCGCAGCACACAGGAUGCCGUGGCCCUUGUUUCCUACGACGACGACUGUGGCAAUGCGACCGCUGGCGUGCUAAGCAGCGGGUCUGGGAACUUUAGGCAACUUGCGAGUGAUUUUCAGCUGGAUCUCCUCCCGGCUGACAUUCCGCAUGGAGGACGCUGGAAGAUGUGCUACUGCCUCGCUACACCGCUGGCCGACCUGAACACGGGUAGCUGCACUUCCUUGACGGACUUCCGUGUUUCUGCAGGAACGCUGACGGUGCUGGGUCCAAGUUCGCAUGCACAGGAUUCGACGUGCCGUGCAGGGGUCCCUUGCACUUUGGGCGGAGCACGGGGCUUCCGCGGAGAAACUGCCAAGGGCGGAGACAAAGUGGCCCUUGUGGCCAGCGGCGGCACCUGCGGCAGUACGGCGCUCGACCCUAACGUGGGUUUCGGGCAGUUUCUGGACCUGACCUGGCUGGAUCAAGUGGACCUCAUCGCCCUCCAGGUGCCUCAAGGUGGGCAGUGGCUGAUCUGCUUCUGCAGUGACGGAUAUGGAGGAUGCAAUUCCUUCGACGACUUCCCCGUGCUGGCAGGGAUGCUCACAGUCUUGGGACCAAGCCCGGCGACGCAGGACGUGAACUGUUUGGCUGGACAGCCUUGCACCCUCACCGGCAUGGCGGGGUUCACCGGACAGGGUCUCAACGUCUCCGCGGACAAGGUGCUUUUCACCACAGGCGUCUGUGGUGUUGCCGACAAGGAUGUCAACAUCAAUCAAGACCUAUAUCUUCCAGCAGGUGACCAAGAGUUGAAUUUAGCUGCAGCAGACUUGACGGCCCGUGGAUCCUGGCGCAUGUGCUACUGCUCCGAUGGCUAUGCAGCGUCCUUCAUCUCUGAUGGCUGCUCAUCUCCGCUGGAUUUCACUGCGUUCGUCGGCUGGCUCUAUGUGCUUCCGGCCAUCAGCACCGGGAAUCUUUGGACACGCGUGCAAUACGCCCCUUUUAAUCUUGCAAUCAGUGCCGUGGGGUUGGAUCGCAGCAGUCCGGCGCCUCAAGGGCGGCUGAAGCUCAUCGACGAAGGCGGCAGCUGCCAGUCCGAUGCUUUGAGCACGAACGUCCUUGGCCUCAGCUGUGGGGGUGUCCUGGCCUGUGACACGGAGCCUACGGUCUACGAACUGCCUUUGGGAGAGACGGUGCAUUUGUGGGCAGACUUGACAGUAACAGGGAUCGGCAUCUACCAGGUCUGCCAUUGCGACACUGCCUGCAGCACAGCUUCGAGCUGGAUCGAUACAGGAACCCUCCAUGUACAAUCCCCGGUGUCGCUCCUCAAUCCUAGUGGCAACUACGGCAUGCCGGGAGCGAUUGCUGCACGGUUGGCGUCGGCCACUGGUUUACCGACGCCUCUGCUCGAGUGGCGUUUCGAUGAUGCCCAAAUCGAGUCCAGCAAUUCCUCGGCGGGCUUAGAUUGGAUCGGGAGCAGCACGGCGCGUGGAUCCGGCUCCGGCAUCUUGCGACUGGGGUCGGAGCCGACGGGACAUCACCUGGAGCUCCUUUCCGUUGACUUUACAUCGUUGUGGGUGGAUGGCAGGGCCGGAGGAGCCAUUAGCUUCGAUGGCUCCGCCUGGGGCUCCCCGCAUCCCAGGGACCUCUUCUCUGCAUCUGCGCUCGGGCUUCCGGUGCAAGAGAUCACUGUGGCGGCAUGGAUCAAUGUCGAUUCCUUUGUAGAUAAAGGGGGCAUCGUUUCCUUUGUGCAGUUCGACGGUGAAGUGUCGGCUGGCUGGUCGCUCUUUGUGUCGUCCGCCGGUCAGGCGCACUUUAUUUUGGCCACAGAGUUCAGUGGCCCUGAUCUUUUCAGGCACGAGGUCAACUGGCUGGCAUCCCCAUCGUUUAGCACGCAAACCUGGCACCAUGUGGUUGGCACGUACGAUGGCUCCCUAGCACGGCUGUUCUGGGACGGCGUGGAGGUUGACAAUCGUUCGGUGGCCUACCUAAACGGCUACUCAAAUGUCCUCCAAGAUGCCAACCACACGCACGGUCGGAUUCGAUACUUGGACUCUGUGCUUUCCGUCGGUGCUUUCGUCGACAACCACAACCAGGUGUACUUCAGGGGACUCUUGGACGAGGUGCAGGUCUAUCCCCGGGCCCUGGUCACAUCGGAGGUACGGCAGCUCUACAUGAGGUACACGGAGUGCAGCCUCUUCAAUCUUCAGUGCAUGAAGUCCGACUAUGGCUUUCUGCACGUUGGGAGCGGCGACUGUGCCAACAGCUCCAGCACCCAGUGUUGGUAUGGCAUGCCGAGCCAGAUCCUGUGGAACGUGCAAGUUGUCGGCACCACUGUGACUGGGAUGUGGGGCCGGAGCUAUGCGGAGCGGCCGAGGGGUUUCUUUCGCUUCCAUAUGGCGGAGGACUGCCUCAGCUUCCAGGGAUGCUGGGGCUAUCUGCCACUCCGCCAUUGCGAUGAUGCUGCAGACUCGUCCUCCGGUCCCUGGCAGGGCCAAGCUCCGGUCACUUCCCGUACAGCCCGAUUGGGCGAGGUUCUGACUUUUGCCGGGACCGGUACCGCGGGGUUGGAUGGACCGCAUGGCGACGACUGUGCAGAGGAGAUACCGGUGGAUGAGCCAAGCGGCCUGGCACAGGGCAGCGGCCCAGCUGGCGCACCCCUCUACCAGGCUGAGCGGAGCCGACAGGUGAUCCGAGGCAUUGACUUGGGAGCUCGCUUCUGCCUACAGCCUGGGAUGAACAUCACCAGCGGGCAGGCGUUGUCGGGGCUCUCGUCAAGAUCUGCUCGCGAGUGCCAAGAUGUAUGCCAAUCCACGGCUGGCUGUGAGCACUUCAACUUCAUGAUUGACAUCACCGGCACAAGCACGGACUUUGGCACAUGCACCCUGUUGGAGAGCACAACUUCUGGGGCUGGGGGCUUCAUACAAACAGACGACAAUCCCGCUUUCGUAUCCGGUCCGGCUGCGUGCAAGUUUGCAUCAGUGCGGGAUUUGGCCGGAGUCCGGGACACAGCCGGUGCCGUGGACAACGCAAACCCGUUGCUGUCAGAGUUCUCCGAGCCUGCCGGCUUAGGCAUCUGGCAAGAUCGGCUCUUUAUUGCAGAUUCUGCGAACCACCUUAUCCGCCAGUUGGACAUGGCCACUGGGGCAGUGACCACGGUGGCAGGCACCGGGACCAGAGGCUUCACUACUGGAGACGACGCAGCAGGUGUGGCAUUGUCUCGGACACUAGACGCGCCCCAUGCGGUGGAGGUGAACCAGCUAGGCCAGGUGUACUUCACAGACUCGGUCAACAACCGGAUCCGGCUGUUGGAUGUCCAGACGAACACGCUGUCCACCGUUGCAGGAUCAGGAGCCACGGGCUUCAACUCGGGCGUUUUCCAAGGGGACGGAGGGCUGGCUACCCUCGCGCGCCUGGCCAACCCCAGAGGCCUCUUGCUUUUUGGCACGCUUCUGUACGACUCGGAGAUUGAAGAUGGUGAUCAUCGAGUAAGGGUGGUGGACCUCGCAACCGGGCUUAUCUCCAGCGUGGCUGGCGAUGGUGCGGUGGCUUUUUCUGGAGACGGUGGUGAUGCGCUCUCUGCUUCGCUGAACUACCCUUCCGCGAUCGGGCGUCAUCUGGAUUAUUUUUACAUCGCGGACACCCUGAACCAGCGAGUGAGGCGCGUGGACCUCAUCUCCAACGAGAUUACGACGCUGAUUGGCAGUGGGACAGCCGCCAGCACCGGGGACUUUGGUCACAGUACGCUGGCGCAAGUGAACAGGCCUGCCUAUCUAGAGCUGCGGGGCUCACGACUCUGGAUCUCGGAGCAGGGCGGCAGGCGACUCCGACAGGUACUUCUGGAAGACGAACCCAGCGGUUUGCUGCGCCGGACCAUUGCCCGCAGCGGAACCUCUAUCGGCGUCGGCUCCACAUUCGGGUUUCGUGCUCUUACCACGGAUGGCCUCUUUGGAUACGCAGGCUCUGCCACCUCUCCAGCUAUCUCUGCCGGGAAGCUGGUCAAGUUCCUGCUCAGCGACGUGAGCGUCCACAGCGUAGUGACCCUUGCUGCUGGCGAGCUGACACCGCGAGUGGCAGUGACAAACGGCGAGUUUGUGCUCUUCGGCCUCCGCACAUCCCCAGGCCAAAUUCUGCAGUUCCGGAUUCCGCUCUUCGAGCAGGUGGGUGCCAUCACCUUGGAUGUCGGCGACGAUUUUGUAGAGUGUGGAACGAGCGACGCGGACUUCGCCUACUUCGGACUCGAGACUGAUCCCGCAGUGGUCUUGAAGUUCGAGUACGGAGAUACACGGAAGCUCAGCGCUGCCUACAACCCGGCAGAUUUCGAGCUCGUCUCGCGGGUGCAGCGCAGUGCCGUGAGCGCGCGCUCGCUGGCUGCCUUGGCUGCGGACGAGGGCCAUCUCUAUGCAGCAGGGCAGGCGCAUCGAGAAGCAAUCACUGAGUUCGUCGAUUGCCCUCCACUAAGCCAUCUCUUGCAUCUCCUGCCCUGGGACUGGAGGAACUCGAUGCCUCGGCUUCAGAAGGAGGAUCUCGGCCUCGUCGCCUCCUUUGCCGCCGUCCUGCCGUACUCCACGAUACCAACCAUUGCGGCAGUGACGGUCGCUGGCGGCUACCUGUUUCUGGCAGGAUCUUCUGCCUAUGUGGUGAAGGUCAGCACCGAGAAGAUGGCCCUCGACAGUGCCGAGCUGCUUUUCGAGGGCUUGGAGGGCGACGUCAAGGCUAUCUUAUCCGAUGGGGCCAGUGUUUAUGUCUCCUCAAGCGUUCCGGGCUUCCAGCGGGUGGUGCGGCUCCGCUUCCGAGAUGGGCAGCGACGCGGAGCUCUGCUCUUUGACGGCUUAAGCAUCAACAGUGCCACCGACGACGGCCAUGCCGAUGCUUUGAUUCUCCAAGGAGGCAAAGUCUACAGUGGCCAUUCCAUGGAAAAGAUCUCUCAGAUAGAGGCGCCUCUCUUCCGGGAUGGCGGAGUGUACUUCAUCCAGGUCGCUUGCCAGGACGAGGCCUGUGCUUCCACUGCCGGAGGCUUCAACACCGGGGUGGGUGACGUGCUGCCGAUCUGUGCAACAAUCCCGGCCGAUGGCAUACACCACGAUGUGACCUUGGGCAGCUGCGUCGGAAGCGGGCAGCGAUGGGUCCUCAGCGACCAGACGAUCCGGAACCUGGACACGGAGCUGUGCUGGCAGGCCUACGAUUUCUCAGGUGACGGCAUGAUUGGCAGUGGCGACCGAGUCAGGGUUUCACUUUGCGACGGUUUUGACGAGCGCCAGCAGUUCAGGAUCACUGGCCAGCAGCCACCAGAGGACCCGUUCAUGCUCCGGCUACAGGGUGCGUGUGUGGAUGCGUCUGACUGGGAUGUGACUCUGGUGCUCGCAGACUGCGAUCCAAGCAAAGCUUCCCAGACCUGGGCCGUGACCGAAGGUUUGGGUGUGAGAUCGGACGGGGAGCCGAAUGCUCCGAGAGCUGUGCAGACUCUGGCAGGCACAGGCAUUGCCUGUACAAGUUCCGGAUGUGGUGACGGGGGCUCUGCAACUGCCGCACAGCUGGACAGCCCACAAGGUGUGGCCGUGGACAUGGAGGGCAACGUUUUCAUUGCUGACACCGGGGAGCGCAGAGUGCGGAUUGUUACGCCGCCGGGCACGAUCAGUGCCUUCGCUGGCACAGGUGCCGUGCCCACGACAUCGAGGGCAUGGUCCAGCCUGCCGCUCCCAGCUGAAACAGUACCGUUGGAGCCGGUGGCUCUGGCCGUUGAUCAAAGCGGUCGGGUCUUCAUCGCAGAAGCACGAUUUACAGGUGCUGGCGUUGCCAUCACAUCCGUGGUCUGGGUUGUGCCAACUCAGAAUUCCACAGACGUGUACCCCUACUCUGCAGCCGGGAUGCUGUCCCUCGUCGCAGGGCAGGACUCGGUCCCUGGAUACGCCGGGGAUGGUGGUGCUGCGAGCAGCGCCUUGCUCAAUGGGCCGGUAGCACUGGCAGUAGACUGCCUCGGUGACCUCUUCGUUGCCGACAUGUUGAACAGCCGAGUACGCAAAGUAGCCAUGAACUCCAGAGUGGUCGUGCUCAGCAACACUACCCCAAUCGUAUACACCACCACACCGCAAAUAAGCACUUAUGCGGGAAAUGGUGUUUACGGUUUUGGCGGCGAUGGUGGUCCAGCAGCGAGUGCACAGUUUCGGCAUGUGGUUGGGCUUGCGUUUGAUCCUCGCACAGAUGACUUGUACAUUGUCGAUCAGGGAAACUCAAGGAUUCGGCGGGUGACCAAUGCGACAGGAAUCAUCGAUACCUUUGCUGGUUUGGGGCUGUCCGGUGACACAGGUGAUGGUGGACUCGCAACACUGGCGAGACUGAAUCUUGAUCGCGCGCAUGUUGCUGUCGAUACAACGGGCUAUGUGUUCGUUUCCGACAGGGGCAACAACCGAAUCCGGCGAAUAGACCCCUCGACAGGAAUCAUCGAUGGCUACGUGGGCAAUGGGGCGAUCUCACCCUUGCGGGUCGGAGGCUAUGCAGCACUGGCAACCACGACGCCUUUCCGUGAUGGCGUGACUCUGCGAUCACCAGGGCAGAUCGUGUUUCCGCCCCUCGCUGUGGCUCCCAUAGACGUGGCUGAAACUGAAUCCAAACUGCAGUGGAGGGACCUCUACAUAGCGGACGAGGGCAGCCAUCAGGUUCGACAGGUGAUCUCCCUGCGAAACCUUGCAGGAGUUUGUGUCUACGGAGCACCUUGCCAGUUGAAGAACCUGACAGGCCUCGGAGCCUCAAACUAUGCCCUGUCAGCUGGAGACCGACUCGCUGUGAUGCGCAUGAAGGGCGCACCUUGCGGGCGAGGUAUUUCGUCCGGAGGAUGGCCGAUGGCAGCACGAGGGAUGCCGCAAAACGGCGUGUCACAGGCUGCUACGGAUACAGCUGACUUCAGCUUCGGGCCCGAACCGGUGUUGGCUUUGCCGGGCCACUACCAGCUUUGCUGGUGUCCUUCAUCGCGGGGAUGUUCCGACGAAGUCAACUUUGCGAUUCCCGCUGGGAUACUCAUAGUGAAGGGCCCCUUCCUUGGGAACUCGCGAACGUGCCAUGUUGGCCAGGCCUGUGGCGAGUCUGGAGAGGUCGCAUCUUUUCGCGGAGUUGGGCUUUCCAACGGUGACCGCUUGAUGGCAAUGGUGUCCUGCUCGGAGCUUGCAGGAGCAACUGGUGCCGUGGGGUUCCCAGAGGUGCCCGGACGGGCUAGAGGAGUUUCCUUAGAGGCCGAGCAGCACGGAUCAAUGUUCAGCUGGGGCACACAGGGGGCCUUCAAUGGUGCCAUACUGGCAGGUGGAGAGUACCGCCUCUGUUGGUGUCCCAAGGGGUAUGAGUGCAACACUCCGAGCGCUUUUGGCCUGGACAUUGGCCAACUAAGCGUUGUUGGGCCUUAUGUCUCAUGUGACAUCAGCACACCCGGUCAGUGUGCAGACCAGAACCGCGAUGUAGUCGGAGGAACCGUCUACAACAUCACUGAUCUUGCCGGAUUGGGACUUCAAGACGGUGACGCAUUGAUGAUUCUUGAGACGUGCGGCGUUCCUGGUGCGACGGUGGAUGGAUUCCCCAACGGAGGUGUCUCCAACCCCGCCACCGAGGAGGGCUCUGCCUUCAUCUGGGGGACUGGCGAGGAAUUCGUCACUGCGAAAGGGGGCGAAUACCGGCUUUGCUGGUGCCAGGCCGGGCGGUCCUGCGCUGUUGCGGAGAACUUCAACGCAGACAUUGGGAGCGUGGUGGUGCGAGCCCCUGUGGGCUUCCAGGCUUUCGCCUGUGCAACCUAUGAGCGCUGCAGCUUGAGCGAGCUCCAGGGCGUGAAUCUUCAGGAUGGAGAUCUGGUCCAGAUCAUGAGCACUUGCGCCCAAGCUUCAGGUUUCACCGCGUGCACCGAUCCGGACUAUUGCGUGGUACCCGGAUCGCAACGCUCGAGCAAGGCUACGCAGUCGGACUACUUGGGCGAGAGGCUCCAGUAUAACAACUUGACCAUCAGUUUCGGGCCUGAGGAGGUGCGUGCUCCGAAUGGCGCAUAUCGGCUGUGCUGGUGUGGGGGAGGCUCUGGUUCUGACUGCAGCUCCCCUUUCGGCUUUGCGAUCGAUGCAGGGGCCAUCACAAUUGCUGGCCCCCAGUCUGGGCAAGAUCGGACCUGCAUCAGCUCCCAAAGCUGUACCAUCUAUAACAUCACCGGAAGCUUCUUGGAAGAUGGCGACAGGCUCAUGCUGCUGGAGAGCUGUCGUACAGGAACGGGCCUCACCGACACUGAAACGCCUCUCAUAGACUUCGCGACGCGGGGCAUCCUCGGAUUCCCGGACUUCGGGCGCUCCCUUCCUGCGACGGACAACGGUGCUACGUUCACCUGGGGCUCCGAUCCCAUCUCGACGGGUGGCAAGUACAAAAUGUGCUGGUGCUCCCGCCAGGCCCAUGAAACUCUCCCGUGUGACAGGGCCGAGCGUUUCAAAAUCGAAGUUGGGAUGCUGACGGUUGUGGGCUUCGCAGAGAACAAGCGCAGCUGUUUCGUCGGCCAGCCGUGUGAGGUGGAACAUUUAGUCGGGUUCCCAUUGCAUGAUGGUGAUCAGGUGUUGCUGCAGCCAGCAACAGGCACUUGUGGCAGCAGCGGCGAGUUUGCAGGUGCUUCUUUGUCUGGUUUUGCAUUCAACACCACAGAGCACGUUCAUGACGAAGGCGGUGGUGGGAUCGUCCAGGAUCUGUCGUGGUCGCCCUUGCAGCUCCUGCCUGGGAGCUAUCAGCUUUGUUGGUGCUCAGCCUUGGCAAGCUGCGCAAACAGCUUGGACUUUCAAGAGAGGGCAGGCUCCUUGGAAGUCCUUGUGCAGACCAUUGGGCACCUGCAGCUGGAGCUGACGGAGUUUCCAGACCCAGAGGCAGUCAUCGCGGAGGUCAGCUUCCAGGACUGUGCUGGAGAUCCUUUGAAUGUGUCGGUUCCCGGUCGCUGGAACGGCUCCACUGUGGGCUUCGAGGCAGCCGUGGACGGCUCGCUCAACACGGCCUGGGUGGUCAGCGCCACGGGAACGCAAGUGCUUGCGUAUUCUGUGCCAGAUCAGUGGACCGAGGUGAACGGUGUGAAGUAUUUACGAAGUGACCAAUACGAGCUUUGCCGCUACAGCAUUGCCACCUGGUACACCCUCUCCUCGGCAAAUGCCCUCGCAGUGGGCAGCUCUUCCAGGGGGCGUCUGGGAGGAUGGACGUUGAGAGUGCGGGAGGCCGAAGCUUCGUGGGAGAAUGAAAUCGGGGCGUCAGCCUUGAUACCGAUUCCGUGGGAGAUAGUCGACAGCCAAACCGGCCACACCUUGGGCUGGGAGGACUUGCAGGUGCGGUCCUGGAUCAGCAAGUAUGUGGGUCCCCUUCGAGGCCAUUAUGCGGAGUGCAGAGCAAGCUUGGCAUGCGAUGUGCCCGGCAUCCUUGGUGUCGGUCUGGCGGCGGGUGACCGGCUGAUGGCUUUGUCUGAAGUUCGCGGCUCCGGGCUUUCCUUGUACGAGCGGGCUUCGUCGAUCUGGAAUCUGACAGCUUCAAGCUGUGGGUCUGGCACGCCACCGGCUGGCUUGGGGUCUGGUGCCACCUUGCCUACCUCCGAAACAGCAGCGGUCAACUUGACGGUUCCAGCGGGCCGCAUCGCCAACUUUACGUGGGGCGACGGUGCAGGCCAGUACAUCACAGCCUCCGGGGGCCUCUUCCGACUGUGCUGGUGCGGAGCGGAUGCAGCUGGACUAGGAUGCCAAGCAUCGGAGCAUUUCGGCCUAGAAGCAGGGCACCUGAGAAUCCGUGGCCCCGGUCUUGUGCCUCAUGAGACUUACUCUUGGAUCUGUGUUGUGGAAGCUGCCAUCAGUGCUUUCCAUCCUGGCUUCGGCAGCAGUGUGGAGAUUCUACCGAGCGGCGGUACUGACUUCGGCAAGUACAGUGAAGCAGGUUGGCUGGGCUUCGGCUAUGGCCGUCCACCCCCAACGCCAAACUUCACCUCCGAGUGCAACAUUUCGGACGUCUUUGGCGAAGACCUGACAGACGGUGACAGGUUGCUUGUCCUGGACCGCUUCUCCUGUGCCGAUGGUCUGCCUGUACCGGGAUGGCCCGGGAACAGCCUGUCCAUGCCAAGCACGAGCAACGGCAGCCAUUUCUUCUUCGGCGCAGACCUGCCGAGCACGGUGGACGUCUUCAACCUGGAGUUGCAGACCUGGGGCGACACUUGGGAGGUUCCGAGACCAUAUGCCGUUGGAGGCCACGUUUACGGGCUGUGCUGGUGUCCACAACAGAAUCCGAAAUGUGUGGCGGCGACUGCGGCCACCAUCGCUGGCACCACACAGGUCACUGGGCAAGGUUCCGGAACGGUGCUCAGCACCCCUGCAGCGACGCUGGAGGGAGGUGAGCUGACAUGCGCGAGAAACAACCCAAACUGCCACCAAUCAAGGAACGACUUCAACUUACCUCUGGGACGCCUCGUCGUUUUGAACCACACAUCCGAGGUGCGCCUUUGCUGGCAGCGUUGCCACGACAAGUAUCCGGAAGCCUGCAGACAGAAGCGAUCCCGCCUGGUGAUCCCUGGCGUCGUCGACUUUUCAUCGCAGUAUGACAACAGCACUUUCGCUGCCGCAAACCUGGGCUUGCGGAGCGGGGGACAAUGGCGCUCGUCCUUCAACGCGAUCCAGGACCAGUGGCUGGUUCUGGACUUGGGCGAGGCCUCGCGACCGAGUCGCCUUAUGCUGCCGCUCUGGGGUACAGCGGAGAACCCAAGGGAGGCACGGCUUCAAUCUGCCCAUGACGCUCUGGGCCCUUGGGAGGACCUUGUCGAGUUUGGCGUUCCAUCCUUGGAGUCGACGCUAGUGACUGUGGAGAUCCCUGAUGGUCCUGUGGCACGCUUUCUACGACUUGGUCUUGCAGGGAACUUUGGCGCACCCUGGGGGCUCGCCUUGCGAGGUCCUUUGCGGCUGGCUGUGGACCCGGAUGCCGAAAGCAACUCCACAGGCGAGGAUGGCGAGCUUGAUGAGCUGUGUGCACGCAGCUACUGUUAUGCGGGCUGCGGUCUGCUUGCUCGACGGACGAUUGCCGAGAACGGAAUGGCUGUAGAGGAGCUGCCACCCGCCACCGGUGAUGCGGCCUUGCUGAACUUCGAAUGGCCACUGUGGGUGCUGCGGCCUCGUUUGAGGGCCGGUGGGCUUGAGAAAUUGUUUCAGACGUAG